AUGCUUGCGGGUAAUUGGUGGUUGUGGAUGGGUUGUCUCCGUCAUGUUUUGUGCGUCAAAUCUACCACAACAUCCGUUCCAGUCGCGUCAUCGAUAUUACAACCGUCAAAGGAUGAUAUCGCUCUGAUGAAUCGUCAGAAGGUUACUCCUGAAUUGAUGAGGUAUACCGAAAGAUUCGAGUUUCCAUAUAUCACUGAUAUCACUAACUACGAGAAAUUGGCAAAAAUCGGUCAGGGAACAUUCGGGGAAGUAUUCAAAGCACGUUGUAAGCGUACGGGUCGAAUCGUUGCUCUGAAGAAAAUUUUGAUGGAGAAUGAAAAAGAAGGGUUUCCAAUAACAGCUCUAAGGGAAGUGAAAAUGCUGCAGAAACUAAAGCACAAACAUAUUACUGAAUUGAUAGAGAUAUGUAGUAGCAGAGCAUCAGUACAUAAUCGAGAGCGUAGUACCUUCUAUUUGGUAUUCUCUUUUUGUGAGCACGAUCUCGCUGGUCUUCUCUCUAAUACCAAUGUUCGACUCUCCUUAGUACAUAUAAAAACAUUGAUGAAACAUUUAUUAGAAGGUCUUUAUCAGAUACAUUUUGCAAAAAUAUUACAUCGUGAUAUGAAGGCAGCGAAUGUUUUAAUUACAAAAGACGGUAUAUUAAAAUUGGCAGACUUUGGUUUAGCGCGACCUCUUUUUUCAAAAUUACCUGGUAUUUUAUGUUGUGUUGUUGCGACUGAUUACCAUCGCGCUAGCGAUAUUUCUGAACUGAUCUUACAUCUAGGAAGUCAACCGGAACAUUGUUACACGAACAGAGUUGUUACUUUAUGGUACCGUCCUCCUGAAUUGCUUCUUGGUGAACGUCAUUAUGGACCACAGAUCGACAUGUGGGGUGCGGGCUGCAUCAUGGCUGAAUUAUGGACACGUACUCCUAUUCUGCAAGGUGAAAGUGAACAAAAACAGUUAGCACUGAUAUCCAAUUUGUGUGGAAGUAUUAACCCGCAAACAUGGAGGGGCGUGGAAAAUUUACCACUCUAUGGCAAAAUGGAGCUUCAACAAAAUCUAAAUCGUCGUGUGGUUGAACGUUUGGAAGUUUAUGUUAGAGAUCGAAAUGCCUUGAACUUGAUCGACAGUCUUCUGGUUCUGGAUCCAUCGCUUCGCCUCGAUGCUGAGCAGGCUCUCGACCAUUUAUUUUUCUUCACACAGCCUCAUCCAGCAGCCGACGUCAAAGAUUUGAUGAGCACUAUCUCGACGAGUCUCUUUGAAUAUACAGCUGGAAGAGGUGCCCACAGUGGACGAGGUCGUGGAGUGCAUCAUCAAAAUCGCCAGAAUAUUCGUCCAUCAAUGACCGUACAGGGUCAAUACGUCGACAUGGAAAUUCAUCUGUGGGGAUUCCCCAAACACGUUAUGAUUUUUAUGACACCAUAUCAGUUAGACUCUACUCUUGAAAUAAAUGAUAAAUUAUUGGAAUAUCGACGAAUGGCAGGAUUCUGUUGGCAUGAUCUGCAGGAAUGGCUAUACGGUUCGGAGAGUAUUAAGUUUAAGAAUGAGGUCUUUGAAAAACUCCGUGCUAGUAAUGUUUUUGUUCGCGAUUGGCGAACAUUGACGAUGGAUGAAAGCCGCCAAAUAUGCGAUCGACGAUGGAAACAAUUUCUGGAAUACAAUUUCAUCACGUUCGAUGGGCUUAAAACAAAUCCUGAAAGAUUUGUGGAUUUCGCGGAAAUCUUAGAAAGUUAUGACCAAAGUUUAGCAGCAAAAUUCUAUAUCAGUGCCAUCUUCUAUGUUACAAUAUUAUCAAUGGGAACAAAUCGGCACCAUCAAAUACUCGAGAAAUGCAGGAACAAUGAGAUUGUCGGCUGCUUUUGUUUGACGGAACUGUCGCAUGGGUCAGAUGCGAAUUCGGUCCGCACUGAAUGUCAUUACGACGAGGGUCAAUUCUUGAUGCACACGCCGGAUAAUGAAGCAAUCAAAUGUUGGGCCGGCAACUUGG